ACAGAGAGUGACCGGACGCCCGAGCCAUGGUCGCGGCGCUGAGCUCUCUAGCGGCCGCCCUCGGGGCAGGGCUCCAUCCCAAGACUCUGCUGCUGGGGGCCGUCGCCUUUCUGUUCUUUGCCUACUUCCUCAAAACGCGACGUCCCAAGAACUACCCGCCCGGGCCCUGGCGCCUGCCUUUCCUGGGCAACCUCUUUACUUUGGACAUGGAGAAGUCGCACCUGCAGCUUCAGCAGUUUGUGAAGAAAUAUGGGAACCUCUUUUGCCUGGAUUUGGCUGGCAAGUCUAUUGUCAUUGUAACUGGAUUGCCCUUAAUCAAAGAAGUCCUUGUCCACAUGGACCAAAACUUCAUUAACCGCCCUGUGCCCCCUAUCCGGGAACGUUCCUUCAAGAAAAAUGGAUUGAUCAUGUCCAGUGGCCAGCUAUGGAAGGAGCAGAGAAGAUUUGCCCUGAUGACACUAAGGAACUUUGGUUUAGGAAAGAAGAGCUUAGAGGAACGCAUUCAGGAGGAAGCCCGACACCUCACUGAGGCAAUGGAAAAGGAAGGCGGACAGCCUUUUGAUGCUCAUUUCAAGAUCAACAAUGCAGUUUCCAACAUCAUUUGCUCUAUCACCUUUGGGGAGCGCUUUGAGUACCACGAUGGUCAGUUUCAGGAGCUGUUGAAGUUAUUCGAUGAAGUCAUGUAUUUGGAAGCUUCGAUGCUGUGCCAGCUCUACAAUAUCUUUCCAUGGAUUAUGAAAUUCCUUCCUGGAGCUCACCAAACUCUCUUCAGCAACUGGAAAAAACUGGAAUUAUUUGUCUCUCGUAUGCUUGAAAACCACAAGAAAGAUUGGAAUCCUGCUGAAACAAGAGACUUUAUUGAUGCUUACCUCAAGGAAAUGUCAAAGUACCCGGGCAGUGCUACUUCAAGUUUCAAUGAAGAAAACCUCAUCUGCAGCACCUUGGACCUCUUCCUUGCUGGCACAGAGACAACUUCCACGACACUGCGCUGGGGUCUGCUUUUCAUGGCCCUCUAUCCAGAAAUCCAAGAAAAGGUCCAUGCUGAGAUUGACAGUGUGAUUGGCCAGUGGCAACAGCCAAGUAUGGCCUCCCGAGAGUCCCUGCCUUAUACCAAUGCUGUCAUCCACGAGGUGCAGAGAAUGGGCAACAUCCUCCCGCUGAAUGUGCCCAGGGAAGUGACAGUUGAUACCACUUUGGCCGGAUACCACCUGCCCAAGGGAACUGUGGUCCUGACCAAUUUGACUGCACUGCACAAGGACCCCGAAGAGUGGGCCACCCCUGACACAUUCAAUCCAGAGCAUUUUCUGGAGAAUGGACAAUUUAAGAAAAAGGAAGCCUUUAUUCCUUUCUCAAUUGGAAAGCGGGCAUGCCUUGGAGAACAGUUGGCCAAGUCUGAGCUGUUUAUUUUCUUCACUUCCCUCAUGCAAAAAUUUACCUUCAAACCUCCAAGCGAUGAGAAGCUGACCCUGAACUUCAGAAUGGGCAUCACCCUUUCCCCCGUGAAACACCGCAUCUGUGCCAUUCCUCGAGCCUGAUGUUGUCGGGAUGGAGAAGUGACGUGGGCUCUGAAACCACUGUGGCCUGCCCAGAUGUUAUGGGACUAAAAGAAAGUGCCUGUGGAAAUAUCAGAGAAAUUAGCCUCUGAGGAAACUGGAUCAAAAUUACAGCUCUGCUAUCUUCUUUGAAUCAGCCCAGGGCAAAGCAUUUAUGUGCUAAAUAAUUUACCUUUUUGUCCAAAAGAUAAAAAAAAAGGAUAAUUAUUCCUUCCUUGAAGAAAGUUUUUGUACAAUCAAAUUAAAAAGUGAUUUGUAAUUC